AUGCCUAGCGCUAAGAAGCCCGAGACAGUGCCAGAAGCUACUCCAGACGAUAUAAUCAACCCCAAGGAUUUCGUCGGCACCUAUUACACGUACCGUCCUGAAAAACCUGAUUCAAGGAAGGAAGAAAACCAGUAUGAAGUCGAUAUCUGGGAACUUCGAUCACAGAGAGAUAAUCAUGGAAAUAUUGAACCAGUCCUUGGGAUGAGAUACACUAAGGGCGGAAGCGAGGGCAUUGUGGAGGAUCCGAUCAGAACUGGUCGCCUGGCACGACUCUCCACACUCAUCGGCGAGGGCAGAUUCUGGGCACGAACUGAGCUCAAGAAAGUCGACCUUGGAGCGGACGGUAAAGAAUUGGGACCCUCAGGUAUCCCCAUAUAUACUGAGGGGGGGCACAAAGUUGAAUUCGCGUUCAACAAAGUAGAUGCUCUAUGGGAAAUGAAAUGGACCAACGACUUCGACCACGAGGGUCUGGUAGUACUUCGAAGGAAGCAAGACAAGUAA